CACUCGUCACUAUCACUUACUGUGGGUGAGUGAGCGAGUGAGCUGAGACUUUGAGUUUGGAGAGAAUCAAAUGCUUUGUACAAAGAUAUCCCAUUUGUUCUUGUUUGAUAUCUAAAGGAAAGAAAAGAAAAGAACAAGGAAUCAAAUUGCCAACUAAUCAAGACUUGUCUGGAAACAGAAAAAGCUUAUACAAAAAGUCUGUUAAUGCCACUGUCUCUGUUACUGGGUAGGGAAAGAAGAAAGAAGAAUCUUUUAAUCCUAUUCUAUCUGAUAUAAUCUUGAACUUGAAAGACCUCAGUAUUUUGAAAAUACAUCACAGGAUAUUCCAUAUCUGUCCUAACAAUGGUUUCAAGGUCUUAUUCAAACCUCUUGGAUCUUGCUUCUGGUCAGUCUCCAACCCUUAGUCGUGAGAGGAAGAGGCUCCCUCGGGUGGCAACUGUUGCUGGAGUAUUGUCUGAACUAGACGAUGAAAACAGCAACAGUGUAAGCUCUGAUGCUCCCUCAUCUAUCUCUCAAGAGCGGAUGAUCAUUGUGGGAAACCAGCUUCCUCUUCGGGCAUAUAAAAGUCCAGAUGGCAGUGGGGAGUGGUGCUUUAGCUGGGAUGAGGACUCACUUCUUUUACAACUCAAAGAUGGUCUUGGAGAAGAUGUAGAAGUUAUCUAUGUUGGUUGUCUUAAAGAAGAGAUUGACCUCAGUGAGCAAGAUGAUGUAGCUCAAAUAUUGCUCGAGUCUUUCAAAUGUGUCCCGGCUUAUAUCCCUCCUGAACUUUUUAGUAAAUUUUAUCAUGGAUUCUGUAAACAACAUUUGUGGCCUUUAUUUCACUACAUGCUCCCACUAUCACCUGAACUUGGUGGCAGGUUCGAUAGAUCUCUAUGGCAGGCUUAUGUUUCUGUGAACAAGAUAUUUGCAGACAAAGUAAUGGAAGUGAUUAGUCCUGAUGAUGAUUACGUGUGGGUUCAUGACUACCAUUUGAUGGUUUUGCCGACAUUUUUGAGGAAGAGGUUUAAUAGGGUGAAGCUAGGGUUCUUCCUUCAUAGUCCAUUUCCAUCAUCGGAAAUAUACAGGACUCUUCCUGUUAGAGAUGAACUUCUGAGAGCACUUCUUAAUGCUGAUCUUAUUGGGUUUCAUACUUUUGAUUAUGCAAGGCACUUCCUCUCUUGCUGUAGUAGAAUGCUUGGUCUUUCUUAUCAAUCUAAGCGUGGUUAUAUAGGGCUUGAGUAUUAUGGUCGCACUGUAAGCAUAAAGAUUCUUCCUGUUGGGAUUCAUAUAGGCCAGCUCCAAUCGGUGCUAAAUCUUCCUGAGACAAUAUCCAAGGUUGCAGAGCUACGUGAUCAGUUUAGAGGUCAAACUGUUAUUGUUGGUGUUGAUGACAUGGAUAUCUUUAAAGGAAUCAGCUUGAAACUAUUGGCCAUGGAACAAUUGCUCAUGCAACAUCAUGACAAGAGAGGUGAAGUUGUUUUGGUUCAAAUAGCCAACCCUGCAAGAGGCCGAGGAAAGGACGUGCAAGAGGUCAAAUCUGAAACUAAAGCCACAGUGAGGAGGAUUAAUGAGACAUUUGGAAGACCAGGAUAUGAUCCAGUGGUUUUAAUUGACAAACCACUCCAGUUCUAUGAACGCAUUGCUUAUUAUGUCAUUGCAGAGUGUUGUCUUGUCACUGCAGUGAGAGAUGGGAUGAACUUAAUACCCUAUGAGUAUGUUAUAUGCAGGCAAGGAAAUGAAAAGCUGGACGAGACAUUGGGGCUAAACCCCAUGGCCCCAAAAAAGAGCAUGCUAGUUGUUUCAGAGUUUAUAGGGUGCUCCCCAUCAUUGAGUGGAGCAAUUCGAGUGAAUCCAUGGAACAUUGAUGCUGUAGCUGAAGCUAUGGAUUCUGCUUUAAUAGUCCCUGAGCCAGAAAAACAAAUGAGGCAUGAGAAGCACCAUAGGUAUGUGAGUACUCAUGAUGUUGCAUAUUGGGCACGUAGCUUUCUUCAGGAUCUGGAGAGGGCCUGCAGGGAUCACUUGAGGAGGAGGUGCUGGGGUAUUGGAUUUGGUUUAGGUUUUCGAGUAAUUGCCUUGGAUCCAAAUUUCAGAAAACUUUCACUUGAACAUAUUGUAUCAGCUUAUAAGAGGACCAAGAAUCGAGCAAUUCUUUUAGAUUAUGAUGGUACUAUGAUGCUUCCAGGUUCAAUUAGUACCACUCCUAAUGCAGAGGCUGUUGGAAUCUUGAACAAUUUGUGUAGAGACCCGAAGAAUGUUGUUUUUGUUGUCAGUGGGAAGGACAGGGCGACACUAACUAAAUGGUUUUCUUCUUGUGAAAAGCUUGGGAUUGCAGCUGAGCAUGGUUAUUUUGUGAGGCCAAACCUUGAUGCAGAUUGGGAAACAUGUGUGUCUGUGCCAGAUUUUUAUUGGAAACAGAUUGCUGAACCGGUGAUGAAACUAUACAUUGAAACAACUGAUGGUUCUGCCAUUGAAACCAAAGAGAGUGCCCUUAUUUGGAAUUACCAAUAUGCAGAUCCGGACUUUGGCUCUUGCCAGGCAAAGGAGCUUCUAGAUCAUCUAGAAAGUGUUCUUUCAAAUGAGCCAGUUUCUGUCAAGAGUGGCCAACAUAUUGUAGAAGUUAAACCUCAGGGUGUGAACAAAGGGGUCGUGGCACAAUGCCUCCUCGAGACAAUGCAACAGAAGGGAAUGCUUCCUGAUUUUGUUCUCUGCAUUGGAGAUGACCGGUCAGAUGAAGACAUGUUUGAGGUGAUAAUGAGUGCCAGGGCAGGACCUACUCUUUCACCAGUUGCUGAGGUAUUCCCUUGCACUGUUGGGCAAAAGCCGAGUAAGGCCAAGUACUACCUGGAAGACACAUCUGAGAUUUUGAGAAUGCUGCAAGGCCUGGCAAAUGCUUCAGAGCAGGCUGCUAGAAGUACUUCCCAAUCGUCACACUCACACGGGGUGACAAUUGGUAGAGAUUAAAAAUGCACCGUGGCUUUGCAUUGGUUCUUCUUGAGACGAGAUGUUCCAUGUUUGAGGAUUUCCUCAACCCCUGGGCUUGAAGAAAUUGAUGUCUGGUGCUUUUAGUUAGGUCUUGGUAUGUCCAUCGGAUGGUACUCGAUGUUUCUGUUGAAGUAAAUAGAUUGCUUUCUUUUAUUAAUAUGUUUUGCUCUCAUUAGAAAAUUGGUUAGUUUAUCCAAGUCGUUACUUUAUUAAUAUGA